AUGGCUCUCAAAGUUUUUGAAAUGAUGCUGUCGUCCCGUUUUGGAGAAAGUUGUACGAAUGCAUCAGAUUGUAAUCCUUUGAACUCCGAGUGCAUAAAUAACGUAUGUGCUUGCAAUAGUUCAGAUGUUAAAACAGAGACAGGAUGUUUGCUACCGGUGGGAGCCAGGUGCCGACACCGCCCCUGCGACGCCGAUAAUUCUGAGUGCCUUGGUGGCAUUUGCAUCUGCAAACCCGGUUUCAUCCAAGCGUACAACAACACAUUCUGCUUCAAAACUCCCAAAUACGACGAUUUCUGCGAGAAAGACCACGACUGCUUGGCUUUGGGCGAAGGAGGAAGAUGUAGCUCUGAACGCUGCCGUUGUAGCUUUACAACUGCAAUAGAUGAUAACAUGUGCAAGAAGAAGAUAGACGAACUGGGUGCUCGUUGCAAUAAAGACACAGAAGUAUGCUAUCUUGAAAGAAAUGGAGACAAUCAAAGAGUGGAGUGUAAGGAGGGAGUAUGUACCUGCAAGGGUAAACACAAGCCUUCUGCAGACAACUUAUCUUGUGGUGCCGGAACGCUGGAAGCUCUUUCUUUAGCUGCUUCUUUCAUAACAUUACUUCUGGCGAAGGCAAUGGCGUAGAAGAAAACUGUCAUGAGAUCAAGAGAUGUACAGAGAAAAAAUAAUUUCGAAUUGACUAGUGUAUUGAAGAGUGUACUCUAUGUUCUUUAUGCAUUUUAGAACGUAUAGAGCAGCUUUGUGUUCGUCUCGAUCAUAAAUUUGACAUUGUUUUAUUUAUAAGAAGAUUGAAUACCAAUAAAAAAAUUAGAAAUUAG